AUGACCGUUUCAGUCUUCUCCAACCUUGGGUUUAUCCGCUUUCCGAAUGUCCUACUUCUGAUGUUGACUGGUUUGAGCUUGAGCAGUCCCAUCAGGUCUCCUGAGAACCAUCACAGGGUGUCAGGCGGUAGGGAUGUGGGUGAUAAUCCUCUACUUGAUGCGCAGGACUUUCUGAGCCAGUUUCUGUCCACUAUGAACCUAACAGAGCUGAGGCCCCAGCCCAGGCCCCUCGCUGCCCGCAAGGAGCCACCAGACUACAUGCUGGAGCUCUACAACCGAUUUGCCAACGACCACACUGCUGUACCCUCGGCCAACAUUGUGCGCAGUUUCAAGAAUGAAGAUUCCUCCCCCUCCAGUAUAACAAACAGGGGUGUAAGGAUACAUCCCCUGCUUUUCAACAUCUCAAUGCGCCACCAUGAACACAUAACACUAGCCGAGCUUCGCCUCUUCACCCUGUUCCAGAAGGCCCAAAGACCAAACACUGGCACUGACUGCAAGGUGACCAUCUACAAAAUACACGAGGGCGUUGUUUGGACCAAAGAGGUGGGGAGAGAAAUGAGAAGGAGGGAUAAAGAGGAGGUGGUGGAGAUGAAGGAUUUGGAGGAACUGGUGACAAAGCAUAUUCAUGCCAAAGAUAACAGCUGGGUGUCGUUUGACCUGACUCAUGUGGUUACACUUUGGCGGAAGUCAGGGCAUGCAACUCAUAGACUUGAGGUCCAUAUUGCGUGUCUGGGGUCAGAAGACGAAGGGGCCACACAGGAGGUCACAGAGCAAGGUGAUAUCGACAGAAGCUUGGAGGGGAAACACAAUGCGGUGAUGAUUGUAUUCUCAGAUGAUCAGAGCAGAGACCACAAACAGGAUACACAAGAGCUCAACCAGAUGAUUGAACACGAGAAUGACCUUCCUGAAAACGUGGGCUGGAGCCAGCCGACGUUCUGGGGACACGUCAAUCACAACACUGGCCACGGUAACCAGGACGAGCUGGACAAACAGUCUCUCAUGCAACUGCAGUCCAACCUUAUCUAUGACACGCCUCCCCGAAUCCGUCGCAAUGUUAAGAGCGAGCCAUGCAAGAGGACUCCACUCUUUGUGGAUUUUAAAGACAUUGGCUGGGAUACGUGGAUCAUCCAGCCUGUGGGCUAUGAGGCGUACGAGUGCAACGGGGUGUGCAACCCGCCAAUGACCUCCGAGGUCUCGCCCACCAAGCACGCCAUAGUGCAGACACUGCUGAGUGUUAAGAGUCCAGAGAGAGCAUCGCGUGCCUGCUGUGUACCCACUAAGUUGGAGCCGAUCUCACUUCUUUAUCAUGAUAAUGGGGUGAUUACUUUUAACCACAAGUAUGAGGGCAUGGUGGUGGCAGAGUGUGGCUGUAGAUAG